GGCGUCGACUUCCGGUGGGUGGGGCUAGGCGGCGGGGCCGCGAGCAGGGAGGAGGCAGAGUAGGGAGCGCAGCGCAGGCAGCGGGAGUCCGGCGGGAGGCCGGGGUGCGGCCGCCGCUAUGAAGAAACAGUUCAACCGCAUGAAGCAGCUGGCCAACCAGACUGUCGGCAGGGCUGAGAAAACGGAGGUGCUUAGUGAAGACCUGCUGCAGAUCGAGAGACGUCUUGACAAUGUGAGAUCUGUUUUCCAUAUCACACAGAAACGGUUAAUUGCGUGUUUUCAGGGCCAGCAUGGUACAGAUCCUGAGAAGAGACAUAAAAAGCUUCCUCUAACAGCUCUUGCUCAAAAUAUGCAAGAAGGAUCAGCCCAGCUAAGUGAUGAAACUCUGUUGGGGAAAAUGCUAGAUACGUGUGGUGAUGCAGAGAAUAAAUUGGCAUUGGAGCUCUCCCAGCAUGAAGUACAGAUUGAAAAAGACAUUUUAGAACCACUGAGCACGCUAACGGAAGUAGAGAUUCCUAACAUUCAGAAGCAGAGGAAACAGCUUGCAAAGUUGGUUUUGGACUGGGAUUCUGCUAGGGGAAGGUAUAACCAAGCCCACAAGACUUCAGGAACAAAUUUUCAAAUGCAUCCUUCAAAAAUAGAUUCUCUUAAGGAAGAAAUGGAUGAAGCUGGAAAUAAAGUAGAACAAUGCAAGGAUCAACUAGCAGCAGAUAUGUAUAACUUUGUGUCCAAAGAAGGAGAAUAUGCUAAGUUUUUUGUUAUGUUAUUAGAAGCACAAGCAGAUUACCAUAGAAAAGCAUUAACAGUCAUAGAAAAGGUCCUACCCGAAAUUCAAGCCCAUCAAGACAAAUGGACUGAAAAACCAGCUUUUGGAACUCCGUUAGAAGAGCAUCUCAAGCGCAGCGGUCGUGAAAUUGCAAUCCCCAUUGAAGCCUGUGUAAUGAUGCUUCUGGAGACGGGGAUGAGAGAGGAGGGCUUAUUCAGAAUUGCUGCUGGAGCCUCCAAGUUAAAAAAGCUUAAAGCUGCCUUAGACUGUUCAGCUUCUCAACUUGAUGAAUUUUAUUCUGAUCCCCAUGCUGUUGCAGGUGCCUUGAAAUCCUAUUUGCGAGAAUUGCCAGAGCCUUUAAUGACCUACAGUCUUUAUGAAGAAUGGACACAAGCUGCAAAUAUUCAGGACCAGGAUAAGAAGCUACAAGAGCUAUGGAAAAUUUGUAACAAAUUACCUAAGCAUUAUCAUGCUAAUUUCAGGUAUUUAAUCAAAUUUUUAGCAAAGCUUGCGCAGAACAGCGAUGUUAACAAAAUGACACCCAGCAAUGUUGCAAUAGUCUUGGGCCCCAACUUGUUAUGGGCAAAGACUGAAGGAUCCCUUGCUGAAAUGGCAGCUGCAACUUCAGUCCAUGUGGUAGCAAUUAUUGAGCCAAUUAUUCAGCAUGCAGACUGGUUCUUCCCUGGAGAUCAAGACUUCAAUGUGUCUGGGGCAUUUGUUGCAGUUCCUGCUGUUAAUUCAAAUCACUUGUCACACACUGGGAAUGAAUAUGAUUCUGGGACACUGGAACGGAAGAGGCCUGUUAGUAUGGCUGUAAUGGAAGGGGAUUUAUUGAAGAAGGAAAGCUUUGGUGUCAAGGUUAUGGACUUCCAAGCAAACCCUCGGAGAUGUGGCACUAUAAAUAGAAAGCACACAUCCCCGGCUUUCCAGCCACCACUUCCACCCACAGAGGCUGGCAUGCUGGCUCAUUCUGGAGCGGAGCAGCAUUCACAAGCUGCUGUGGCUGAAACAAGCCCAGUGGGUGCUGGUUUUGCUCUCUCUGCUGGCACAGCAGAACAGUUACAAAGUCAAGGAAAUGAGGAUGUCAGUACCUCAAAACCGAAGGACAACGCGUCUUCAGCUACUCCUCCACCUGUGAGAAAUGGUGGGCAUGUGAGCACUGCCCCAAACCAGUCAGCAAGUAGCACUAAUCAGCUUUCUGUUAAUCAGCCACAGAAUGCAGCAGGUCCCAGUCCCCAUUCAGCGAGGAGAGCUGUUAAAAAGCCUGCGCCAGCGCCUCCCAAGCCAGCCAACCCCCCACCAGGGCAGCCAGGAAGCCAAAGCUCUGCCCCAGCUGCUCAGCCACCUUCUGUCUCUCCAAAGCCACUUGCCAGAAGCUCUUCUCCUCCUUCCCAACACGCAAACCAGGGAGCAGCCCUGACCUCCAGUUCCCAGGUUUCUGCACCUCGGCGAUACUCCAGCAGCCUUUCCCCAAUCCAAGCUCCCAGCCACCCACCACCACAGCCCCCAACGCAGGCUACUCCUCCACUGCAGCCCAAAGCAAACAAUCAAGCAUCUCCUGCUGCACCCAGCAGCGAACAUGGACCAGAGCAGCCCUGUUACACUCCUCCGCAGACUCCAACACCACCCGAUACACCCCCUCUAGGCAAGCACAGUACUACUUCCCCGCCAUCACAGCCGCAGUCAUCUACUCAAGACACCUCACAGUCUCACUCUCCACCUCACAGUGGCACACUGCCAAGGCCACGGCCGGUGCCCAAGCCUAGAAACAGACCCAGUGUUCCCCCUCCUCCUCAUCCUCCUUCUCAGCUGGCUGGAGAUGGUAUUAUUGCAAAUCCCACACAAACAGCUUCCAAAAUAGUAACAGGUGGGGAUGGUUACUGCGAAUAAGGUUUGUACUUACCAGAAACAUGCAAUAUAAGCUAAAAUGCUCCUGCACAGCAAUAUUUUAUUUGUAGCUUUAUUUUGUAUAUGCGCUUUGGAAUAUGUGCUCUCUGUCAGCUCUGUAUGUUAUCUCAUGUCAUUCUGUUUGUAAGACAUAUUAGGACCUAUGCUUAAUUUCAAUAGUCCUGUGAAUAUUAAUUCGUACUUUAGAGCAAAUGGUAAAAAUAACAGUAUUGAACAACGCUUCCCGCAAUCACCAGGUGUGAAGCAGUGACCCGUUUAAAAUAGAUUUCUUCUCAUCAGUGCAGGCAAAUGUUGCAGCUUGUGUUUUUUUCCUCUAGUUCAGUGUUUUGUGGUUGCAUUUUAGUGUAGCUGUCACUUUAGGUUUUCAGUUAACUUUACUUGGAUCUUACUUGGCAAAAUACAUGGUUGUGUGACUAAACCCCUCUGCAGAUGCAGCAGCAUCUGCAUUCUGGCAUGUUUGCACUUGCAUUCUGUCAGCCCCAGCCUCACUAAUAGUCUGUUCAAUCGCAGGUGCCAAACAGCACAUUAAUAAUAUCACUGUUGAUAAGUAAUGGCUCAGAAAUAUGCUACCUUUUGUGAAGGUAACAACUGCAUGACAGGCUGGAAAAGUUGAGCUUGCAUUCUGGAAUUAUUUCAAGGUUAGAAGUACAAUUUUAUGUACAAGAAACUAGCAAUAAAUUGAGCAGUUAAGCAACUAAAAAGUAGCUUGGUUUUAAAAUAACAGACAUCUCCUGAUUGUACUCCUGCUCUUUUUAUCAGCAUCUCUAAAAUACAAAGGCAAUUCAUUUCAAAACUGAAUUCAACCUUAAGGCUGUAGGUUCUGGUUCUUUACAGCACUUGUAAGGAAGUUAAGAAUGGGAACAGUGCUGAUGAGUCAAACUCCAAGUAAAGAGAGUUUUUGUGUUUCUGGGGAAAUUGCAUUAAUGCUAGCAGUUCGGCAGAAUUUGUUUUACCCCAGUGUAACUGGAGAAAUGCUUGCCUUCUAAGUAAUAACCAGCUGGUAUGCAGGGGGCUGCGUCAUUAGUGGGGGAGUUUAAGUUACACAAACAAAGCAUCUGCCAUGUGAUAGUGGUUGUGAAUUGAGGAGAGGAUCGUGAAUAACCACGUCAGUGCUGACUUUCAGGGAGAGCAGAUUUUCAGUGGUUACCAGCAUAAGUAGUACACAGCUGUCUUGUAGUUGGGAUACAAUUAAAGAAACUGCCAAACAAACAAAAAAAAUACUAUAAUCAAGAUCUGAUUAUGAACCUGAAAAUGUUAGAAAAGAAUUAAUAGAUAUCAGUCCUCCCAAGUGCAAACUGUAGCAGAUUGGCUGUGUAAAUUGCGUCUGGUAAACAACACUAGGAAAGCUCCCACGCUAGAAAGUCUGUCAAGGAAAGAUGAUGAUGAAGGAUUCUUUAGCAAAGCUGGUAAAGGAACCCUGAAUACCUAGUAUGUUUUGAAGACAAACAAGAAACUGGGGAACAGUUAAAAUGACAGCCAGGCUUGCCUAAAGCAGUAUGCUCAGUGCAGGAUCAUCCAGCUUUUCCAGGUCCGUCAGUUUUUUUUAAAAGAAUACUUGUUCUGAAUUAACACCACUGCGUAUUACAUAGGAGUAUCUGCUCUAACAUUUACACACGCACAUGUAGUAUUGACUUGUAAGCACUGGCUGGUACUGUAAACUGGCUUAUCUGAUUCACAAUGUGAAAUAACUAUCUUCAAUUUUAAUCUUAAAUAAUGGAGCAAGGGAAACCAGGAAUAAUAGAAGCCAAAAUUAAGUUGCCAGCUGACUUUAUAAUAUCGGCAUGAGAAUUCUGAAUUGUUUUCAGGGUAUUAUUGAAUUCCUUUGUCCGUAUCCUGGACAGUAAUGCCUCAAAUUCUAUUUACAGUAUUAAAGUUACGAGCCCUAGAAAAGAAUAUUCUAAUCAAAAAUUUUAUUAAAUAAUCUAGAUGUUUGACCUGCAUUCAGUAUGAACUGUAUUGGAAAGUUCAAUGGUAAGGAAAAGGCAUAUGAUUGGCCAAAAAUGUUGCUAAUUCAUAAUCAUGUGUGUGCUGAUGCCCACUACUAACCUGUCACAAAUAACACUGCUUGCUUGCAUUAUCGUUAGUGUGGCAUGCAAAAAGCAUGGCUGUUUAUGCUUGCUUUUACAUUAACGUACUAAAAGUAUUGAAGACUAGAAUGUGUAAAAUUCCUGUUUUGACUGGCCAGUUUCACAUCUUAUUUCUUCAACUUACUGGAUAUUGUAGCUAGAAAUCCAUGUAUUUUAUACAGAGGCUCAUCUUGUAUUCAGCUUAGCGGUAUUGCUAAUCACAAAUACUCCUUUCCUGUGUCAUCUCACACUUUGUUACCUCUUUUUUGGGUUUCAUCCCUCAAUAUGCGAUAGCAGUAGGGAGAACUGUGUGGGCUUGUGAAGCUGAACACAUCUUCUGAGCCAUAUUUUGAAUGAAAAUUCAGCAGUAGUGACAGAUGUUGGGGAGAAUGCAGUGUCUGCUGCUUGGGUUCUGUGCACACCUUCUCUAUGGUUGGCUAUAGCAUGGGACAUUAAGAAAGAAUAUGUAGGAAUUUGGGAAAUCACAUGACUACAGUGUGUCCUAUGCAAUGGUGCUUCUGAUGAUAAUAGUAAAAUGCCUAAAAAAAAUCUGAACUUCAAAAAAAUUUAAUUUUAAAUCAAGUGAUUUUGAA